AUGGCUGCUAAAUCGGACGGGGUCCUGAAGAUAAAGAAGAGCGAUGUGGCCUUUACACCCCUGCAGAACUCGGAGCACUCCGGCUCCGUGCAGGGGCUCCACCACCCGGGCGGCCAGCCGGACUCUUCCGGAGCCGGGGAUGGAGACUUCGCCAACGGGGAGUCGCGGUGCUGCGGCGGUGGAGGCUCCAACACGACGUGCCUUCACCUGGGCCGGGAGCAGCAGAAAUACACGCUGUGGGACUGCCUGUGGAUCGUCGCCGCAGUCGCUGUGUAUCUCGCCGACGUGGGCACCGACGUGUGGCUGUCGGUGGACUACUACCUCCGCCGCGACUACUGGUGGUUCGGCCUGACGCUCUUCUUCGUGGUGCUCGGCUCCUUCUCGGUGCAGCUCUUUAGCUUCAGAUGGUUCGUCCACGACUUCGGCACCGAGGACGGCGCGGAAUCCGCCGCCGACUGCUCCCACAUGGACGGUAAUAAGCUGCUGAGCGGUUCCGCCUCGCACGGAGACGUUACCGCUCAGCACCACCCGGCCACGCCGCAGAGACAGGCGUCGACCGCCAGCAAGAACACAACGACCAACAGCACGGCGAGCACCGCGGCCGGCAGCAGGAGGAAACGAUCGGCCUACUACUCCUUCUGCGCGUGGUUCGGCCAGUCUGUCAUCCACAUCCUCCAGCUGGGCCAGAUAUGGAGGUAUUUCCACACCAUCUACCUGGGCAUCAGGAGUCGACAGAGUGCGGAGACGGAGCGAUGGCGUUACCACUGGAGGAUGGUCUACGAGUUUGCAGACGUGAGCAUGCUGCACCUGCUCGCCACCUUCCUGGAGAGCGCCCCACAACUGGUGCUGCAGCUGUGCAUCAUCAUACAGACACACAAGCUCCAGGCCGUGCAAGGUAUGACCGCAGCAGCCUCUCUCGUCUCUCUGGCCUGGGCUCUCGCCUCCUAUCAGAAAGCCCUGCGAGAUUCCCGAGAUGACAAGAAGCCCAUCAGCUACCUGGCCGUCAUCAUUCAGUUCUGCUGGCACUUCUUCACCAUCGCCGCGAGGGUCAUCACCUUCGCCCUGUUUGCUUCCGUGUUCCAACUGUACUUCGGCAUCUUCAUCGUCCUGCACUGGUGCAUCAUGACCUUCUGGAUCGUCCAUUGCGAGACAGACUUCUGCAUCAGCAAGUGGGAGGAGAUCGUGUUCGAUAUGGUCGUGGGCAUCAUCUACAUCUUCACCUGGUUCAACGUCAAGGAGGGACGGACAAGGUAUCGUCUUUUCAUCUACUACCUGGUGAUCCUGGUGGAGAACGCCGCUCUCAGUGCGUUGUGGUACCUCUACCGCUCGCCGGCCACGACCGACGCCUUCGCUGUGCCAGCGCUCUGUGUCAUCUUCAGCAGCUUCCUCACCGGCGUCGUCUUCAUGCUCAUGUACUACGCCUUCUUCCAUCCCAACGGGCCCCGCUUCGGACGCUCGCCGAGCGGGCAGGGCCUGGACCUGGACCCCACCGCCCAGUUCUCCACACUACCGUCCGAGGGAGCCACCAACUCGCUGCGCUCCAACCGAGGAGCCACCGCCACCCUGGAGCGUGACACGGGGAAGUACUCCGAGCGGGACGGCUGCAUGCCGGUGUUUCAGGUCCGAGCCACCGUGCCGUCUACGCCGUCCUCUCGUGCGCCGCGCCUCGACGAGACCGUCAUCAAGAUCGAUCUCUGUAGGAACCGCUAUCCGGCGUGGGAGCGGCACGUCCUGGACCGCAGUAUACGAAAGGCGAUACUGGCCAUAGACUGCUCGCUGACUCCUCCGAGGCUGCAGUACAAAGAUGACGCUCUGGUUCAGGAGAGGCUGGAAUAUGAGACCACGUUAUAGUCCUUAACAGGAAUACGGAUAACUGAGGAUUAUCUCACAGUGCGAUAAACGGCAAACAGGAACCGUGGCAAUAGGAAUUCAUCAGUACACUAUCACCACUCAUUCCUUAUUGUCUCUUUCUGUUCAUCAGCAUCAGCACCCUGUUGGUAGUGAUCAAAUGAAGCCCGAGUGCAGCUGUCGAAUUUGUUCAGGUGCUCUGAAGGGUUGUUGCUGUUUUUUUUUUUUUUCUUACUUUCACUCAUCAGGGAAACCCCGUCUGUUAUCAUCGAAACGCGAGUGCUCUGACACUCUGCACGGACAACACGGUCAUGAACCGUUUGGGCAAAUGGUGGCGAUAAUACGCAUCGCCACAUUCCACCAAGAGGGAUUUUAAAAUCACAGAUAUUCCACUCUAACAUAUACGACACCUUAAUAGGGUUUAGGAAAAGGAAAUGUUCCCUCAUUCAGCAUCAACAGAAACACUCACACGGCGGCGCCUCAUUGGUCGAAAAUGUGUCUGGGUUUUUUGUUGAUGAUGCAUCCACAACUGGGUGGGUGCUUGCAUCGAUAGUGACAUGAUUCCACUCAAUGCUGCUGAUUUCUUUCACCAAUUCCCAACAAGAGGGGAUGGGGAAAAGCAGCUGGUUAUAUGUCAAGUUGUGCACCCUUAGAGAGAUCACCAGUGACAACAAAAACAAUCUCAUUACCUUGCUGGCUGUGGUAUAUCUUGAUCAUUUUUAUUUGAAUCCAUCUGCUGCUGUUUGCUCUCUUGCUGGUAAGAGGUUUAGUGCCAAAAAAGGUUCCUUGGAACAUCCUCUCUCUUUUGCAGGAUUAUAAAACCGGAUUGUAUGGUAGUCCAAAAAAAGUUCUACUCGGGCUAAGUCAUUCAAUUCCUCAAAGAGAGCUCUGGUCUCAACUGGAUAAGGGUCGGACAGAGAGUGAACUAUACACGCAGACAGGAGUCAAAAUAGCAUCUUUACUCAGUCAUUGUGUUUUGUUUGGGAGAAAAAAAAAUCUACCAAAACUGGCUAAAAGAGAGGAUAACUAGAAAGAAAGAAGGGUUAAAAAUCUGGACAGUCACCAGCUCACAACCUUUGCCCAGAAGAAAAAAAUCUGUCAAACUCACACAAUGCCAAGGCAGAAUCUUUCCGGCAGCUCAGCUGAACGAUGUGCAGUCAGCCACAUAAACCUGGCUGUGCAGCGACACUGAUGUUUGUGGUGGAGAGGGCAGAAAAGAAACUAGUCAACUACAUACAGGAAUGAAAAGGAGAUGACAGGGGAAGAAGACGAAGAAGAAGAAGAAGAAGAAGAAAAAAACAUUGACGAGCAGCCAACUCAGCCAAACGAAACCACCAGGAUGUACAGGACUCUGAUAUAAAUGCAGCAUUUUUUACUUUAGAGAUGAUGAUAGAGGGUACUGAAGUCACUGUAAUGCUGUGUAUUUGUGGUAAAGUGUGUGAGUGUUAGUUAUAGGUGGUGUGGGUGUUUGUGUGUGAGUGUGUGUGUGUGUG